CCGUCCGCCCGUCCGCCCGUCCCGGGAGCACCUGCGGAGCAAUGACGGCCCCGGAGCGGGGAGGGCGCCGGGAACCGUGUUAGGACACUCACGGACGGGGCGGGGCUCGGGCGAAGAAGUAUUAAAAUGAAUUUUAAUGUCUGGAAUAUCAAAGAGAUGCUCAGCAUUCCCUCAGGCUCUGGGAUCACUAAACCAUCUAACUGGAAUAGUAAUCAGACUGAUUGCUCUUCUCUCAGUGAUUCCCAGUUCCUCUUUGGAUCUCAGUUUUGUCCAGAAAAUUCAGAGAUUCUGUCCACGACCUUGGAUGUUGGUGCCUACUCAAGACAUCCAAAACAGACACAACAGAAUUCUGUAGACAAUGAACCUAGUAUUUUUACAAAAUACCAGACAAAGCCCCAGUUGUUUGGAGGCGAUACAAAGGAUGAAGGCUUGUUUUCUCUUCCUUUGCCAGUUGGAAAAUCAAAAGGACUCUUGAAACAGUUCGAGGAGAAAAAACGAAGGGCAACGGACAAAUGUGACAGUGAGAUGCUGUACAACUUUGUUUCUCAUUUUCAAGAAGUCAUUCACAAGCUGCAGACAUCUGUGGAAAAGUCUGAGGAACAUCUCAGUUCAAGAAGCCAAUCUAUUUUGGAUUCUUUGGAGACUAUAGCCAAGACAAUUCAAGAGACUGCACAGGUCCAGCGUGACUUGAUGUUUGAAGCAGUACGAGACAAAGGCAAUAUGGAACAGGCCAUCCUUGAGAUACAGAAGAGAUUUGAAGCUAGACAAGCUGAGUUUAUGGAGAUGAAAUCUAACCUGAAGAACCUUGAAGUAUUAGUUGCCCAGCAGAGUAAGGACUUCCAGCAGCUUUGUGAGAAGCUGGGCCAGCUCAAUGUGCCUGGUGUCAUAGGAGAGCUGGGAAAACUCAUCUCUGCACCUCAGGUAGCUGGGCGUCUGAAAGACAGCACCUCCCAGACCUCACCAGCUCAGGCCCAGAGCCUUCAUUUUACCAGGCAGGAAAAAUACACCUCUGAGGAGCCAGCUGCUCAGCAGGCCCAGGUGUCUCUUGCAGGGAAUCCCAGCAAGAGUUCCCAGAGGCCUAGGGAGUUUGGCAUCUUGGAUGAAGUAGCAGAGAGUGAUGACUUUGGAAAGGCUGCUUUGCCAACAGAUGGGCCCCAUAGAGGAAAUGAGCAUUUGAAGAACAAGACCAUGCAGACUUACUGCAAGAACUGGGUUAUCACCACCAGAAGCCUCAGUAACCACUGCUCUAGCCUCCCAAGCCAGAAGGCUGGCAGUGACCAGGAACUAACUGCCCAAGAAGCCUCACAACUGGACUUGAAUAAGUUUGAAUCCAGAGUGAAGAAUGUCUGCCCCAAAUAUGAAGUCCAAAGCAUGUGUUCUGACUCGUUUGAACAGUCAGCAACUGAACAGAAAGGCAGGACCCGAGGAAAGGGGAGGAAAGGCAAAAAGCAGCAACUCAGGAAAUCACAGAGAGGCAGGCUUCUAGCUAGGAAGAGAGAACAAACCCCAAGGAAGGCCUGUACUUUCAUCUCUAAGCAUGCAAGUCUCCAGUCACCAGUUUCUAGCCCACAAGGACCCCUCAUUAGUUGGUGGGCUCCAAGAAGCUCCACAAAGUCAGCCCGCCAUAGUCUAGGAAGAAGAGUGAGGACCAGUAAGACAGCAAGGGAAGCACACGGGGGAAUCCUGCAGUCUACCCAGCGCUCCUCCCCAGACCAGGAGUGCUUAUCCAGCAGUUCCCAGGGGGAUCAGCAGAUAAAUUGGUUCAGUGACCUCAGCCUUGAAAACCCAGAGCCUCGUCUCUGUAGGAAGGGAGGGAAGAAUUUGCUCUUCGAUCCUGAUUUUGACAGCAGUGAUGAUAACUUCUAAUGCUGCUUACAGUGACUUCAGCUGAUGGUUCGUUGAUCUUAGAAAGACAACCUUGGAACAUUUGAACUGGGCAGUAGCAUACAGUAUUUGAAGCUGGCCUAUCUAGCCUCAGAGUGAGAGGCCCUGGCUAAUGGUGGUCAGUAGGUAAUGGGUGAGAAUCCAGUAUUAUGGGCCAUGACAAAGAUAUAGAAGUAAGUACAUCCUUAGUUAAGAGACAGUGACAAGCUGACAAGCUCAGUUAGCCUGUGGUGAGGCAUCAGGAAGGCAGUUGUGUGUAUCUGGUGAAAGGAAGGGGCAUAACUUCCUUAUGAAUACAAUCUAGAAGAACUCAGAAUUCUCAUGGCUGCAUAACUAGCUCUUGAAACAGUCCCUACACCUGAUGGAUACCUUUAUUUAUUAUUUUUUUAAUCUUGUUAUACUGUCAAAGAGUUUUGUCUUUUGCAUGAGAGGACAUAUUACAGGACACACUAUUAGACAGGAGUUCAUUAUGUAGGCUUGGCUGGCCUUGUAUUUACAAUCCUCCUGCCUCAGCCUCCAGUGCUGGUACUACAAGCAUGUCUCAAUUCUCAGCUAAUAUAUUUGUAGACCUUCCUAUAUUGUUAGAAAGCAGUAGACCUUUUUUUUUUUAAUGUCAAG